CUUAGCAAACUGGUUAAGUUUCAAAAGCCUAAAACCUAAUCCAAAAUGUUAGAAUUUUCUCCUACUGCUUUGUUUUCAACAUUUGGAUGGCCCUUAGAGGAACCCAUAAGCCAUGAACAAAACUACAGCUUUAGAGAUUGUGAAACUCCAGGGUCAUUCACUCACUUCCCUGCAUCUCAUGAGCCAAAUAUAAGAGAGCUUGAUCGCUCCACCUCAUUCACGGCCUAUAGUGGAAGUGGUGAUCCUAACAUGGUUAAGAAGCUUAACCACAACGCUAGCGAACGUGAUCGUCGCAAGAAGAUCAACAGUUUGUAUUCUUCACUCCGUUCACUUCUUCCAGCUUCCGAUGGAAUGAAGAAAUUAAGCAUACCGUCCACAAUAUCACGUGUGCUUAAGUACAUACCGGAACUUCAACAGCAAGUGGAGAGACAGAUCGAAAGGAAGGAGGAGCUUCUAUCAAAGCUAUCUAGGCAAGAUGAGUUAAUUCAUCAAGAAAAUCAAAGAAAAGACACCAUGUAUAGCUCUUUAUCAUCGGUAUCGGCAAGCCGGCUUGGUGAUAGAGAAGUUGUCGUUCAAAUUUCCACUUGCAAGGUCCUUAAAAGUCCAAUAUCAGAAAUCUUGCUUAAUUUAGAGGAAAAUGGACUUGUUCUAAUAAAUUCUUCUUCCUUUGAGUCCUUUGGAGGCAACGUCUUCUACCAUUUACAUCUUCAGGUCAUGGAAGGAAAUUGCACAUUAGAGUGCGAGGCUUUGAAUGAGAAGCUUUUGUCCUUAUGUACGAAGAGGGAAACCUUUUUUCUAUAA